AUGAGCAUUUUGGCAUCCGUCAUCCUGGGAAAACCAUCCCUGGCACCUGCUGAUGAUACUAGGGCUCCACAGCAAGGUACAAACGGACAUAAGUACUUAGCUCCCACCAUCACGUUGGCUCACGAUGAUUCGGACAAAAUCGAGUUCCAGCGUGGAAACAACGAAGCUGCAUCUUCACAGCCUUCGCGUUUUUAUCUUCCAAUGGUGUUGGACUCUGUCAAUGAGGUCAACUAUAAGAUAAAUGUGCCCAACUUCGCCAGUCUACCGCCUCUUCGCCUCAGUUCCAAAUACAUCUCAGACUUGAUUCGAGUGGACUCGAUGACUCCUGGUGACUUGUAUGGACCAAACAAUCUCAGCAAGUCAACUGGACUCGAUAACUACUAUUUCGACAAAUCUGCUGGCUUGGGAGACUUUUCUCGUUUCGAGAAGGUGUCGCAAUUAGACUUGCCAGAUAGAUUCUUCGAGGAGUAUAACAUGACCAAGGUGUCGACCCGAAUGGGAUUGUUCUCCGAAAUCAAUCGUUCAUGGAUCGCUGUAGACAACAAACUUGUGCUCUGGAACUACCAAUUGCCACAGUCAUCCUUCAACCAAUCAUCCCAGUUCCUCACCAUUGAUCAGAUACGACACUCCGUCAUUACUGUGGCUUUAGUCAAGCCAAAAAAGGGUGUCUUUGUCGAAGACGUCAAUCAUUUGCUUUUAAUCUCCACGGCCAUGGACAUCUUCAUUUACGUUGUGAAAUAUGAUGCAGCAUCAAACAACCUUGAGAUCUUCAACCCUAAUUUGUCUGUCAGCACACAGGGCCUUAUUGUCAACAAAUUCAUUAUGAAUGAAGAAACCAAUGACAUCUAUUUUACUGGCGAAGGGGACGGUGUUAAUGUCUGGCGUCUCGAUUACCACAAGAAUGUGUCAUUUCUCAAAAAUAAGUGUGACAAAGUCUGUCUCACGAAAAGUGCAUUAUCCUCUGUUUUGCCCAUUGGCAAGAUUCCAGGGUUCGAUCUUUUUACUCACGAAACCGAUUAUAAGUCUACAGAAAAGAAGGACCAGGGCAAGAAUACCGUAAUUCCGGAGUCAAUCACACAACUUGAGGUAGAUUCCGGUCGACAACUAUUGUACACUCUCUCCAAUAGAUCCGUGAUUCGUGUGUACAAAUUGCAACCAAAUCAAGAGCUGUUUGCGCAACACAGUGUUUUGACCCCACACGAAAUGUUCAAAACACUCACUCAAUUAAUUCCAGACUCGUCAAACAUAAAAGCAUUUCUGAAGUUCAGAAUUAUCUCAAUUUCUAGAGUCACUUCUCAGGAAUCAAGCAAUGUUCAACUCAUCGCAACCACCAACUAUGGUGCUCGAAUCCUCCUCAAACUCGGAUACUCGUCUUCACUUCCAUCGUUUGCUUCUUCGACUAUCCGUAACACAACUUCUCUCAAACUUUCGGUUGUAUGUAUGAAGUUUCCACCUGCAAAUGAUGAACCAAAAGUCAAUUCUGAAUUAGACAACUACGCAAGAAUUAAGCAGUAUGUUGCAAUCAUGGUCACCAACCAACAGAACUCGGGGCUUUUGAAGAAUACAAAAUUUGCAAAAAUUUUGAGUCCGGGUGUCUUCUUGGCAGUCCAGAAAACUACAGGCUCCGAUAAACUAUUCAUUGCCUCGGUUAAUUACGGAUUCUUGAAACACAACAAUAAGUUGGUUGAAGAUGCUGAAUUUCUCUCGUUUGGAAGUGCAAAGAAGGAUUCUGAGUCUGCGCCAGUGUAUGUUCAUGACAUUAUUCAGUUAACUCCUUCUAUGAACGCGACAAAUACUCCAAAUGGUUAUGCAAACAUCCAGGCUGCCCAAUACACUAAGAAGCCACUUCAGUUUGCUGUUUUGACUAACUAUGGAAUCAGCAUCUAUCAGUACAGAACCUCAGACAAGAUAUUAAGUUCAUUGAAUGAUCAAGUUGUUGAGAAUUUCAUCGAGGAGAACGGUUAUGAAGAGACAUGCUCGUCUCUUUUGUAUUUGGCCUGCUCUUAUGGUGUUCACAGGGCAGAUGAGUUGAUGAAGAGUAAAGCUCAACUUUUGUUUUCUCACGCAGGCAAUAAUGCCAGGCUCAUAGAAAAUUCUUCUGUUUCGGCCCAGCUGCAUCAUGUUCCUAUCCAACCAUUAGAGCAACAACCUAUGGCGGAGCAAGUCAUUUUGAGUGAUCGUUUCUACGGAACGUGCCUUCUCAUUUCCAGAUUGUUGAAAGACUUGUGGAAUGAAAAGGUCUUUACUGCAUUACCUCAUAUCAAGUUGCAUCCAAGCGGUGAAAUAGAGGUUUCAUCAGUUAAGGAAGACAAUCUAAUCUUAAAAGACUUGACUGUCAAUAAAGCGCAAACAGAAUUUUUUGUUGGCUCGAUUGUGGUGCUCAUUGAGUUCUUCAAUGAGAAUUCUAACAAGAUUCCUGGUCUCGAUGCUCCAACAUACAGUGCAGACCCAUCUAAGUUUGACAACGAAAUUUGCUCUAGAACAGAACACAUUGCAUUUACCUCUUUAAUCAGAUCCUUGAAUUCUAUGAAGGAAGCCUUCUCUUUUUUGAUGGUUCUCAUUGAAGAGACUCAGUCGCAUCAAAACAACUUCAAUGAAGUUUUCAAAUACCUUUCUCUCACAAAUCAAUUGAACUUGUUGAAACUCAGAUUCAAGGACCUACUCUUGCCCACGGCUGAGGUCAAGAACUUAAUCAAGGAUCUUCUUUCUUCCAUCAUUAAUAAGAACAUCUUAAAGGGAGGUUCUAUUGACCUGAUCGCUUCUUCAUUGCAAGGCCGGUGUGGGUCUUUCUGUUCCACAAAUGAUGUUUACAUCUUCAAAGCCAUAGAAAAUCUCACAAGAGCAAAAUCCAUUGGCAACAGAGAUGUUGAGUUGAAGUUGAAAUGCCUCAACAAUGCAGUUUCAUUGUUUGAAGAAGCCAGCGACUCGCUUACCUUCGAAAAUAUUGAAAAUUCCGUGGAUAUUAUGUUGUCAUUAGAUUUUUCAACUGGCGCAGUUGAGUUCCUCUUGAAACUUGCCAGCAGGCUGUACAACUUUCCUUCUGCAAGGUCAAAUGGCAUGUCUUCAACUAAUGAAAACAAUCCUCAUGACAUAAAGAAGCAUAUGGAAGAGAAUUCGAGGAAGCGUACGAAAUUGUACGAUUUAAUCUUCAAAAUUCUCGUUAAGCUCGACACAAAGGCUCUACAAAUCAAUGAACUGAAUAAUCAAUAUUUGAUCAAUGAGUUCUCGGAAGUUAGAGACUUGACUUAUGAUACUUGUUUCUCAUCUUCUGAUAAAGCAUUCCAUUACGAGUUCUAUCGCUGGUUUAUUAGUAGAGGCUGCAGUGAACGACUCUUGACUGUGGAAACCCCAUUCAUUUUGCCAUUUUUGGAAGAGCUGUCGAAUAAUGACUUGGCUUUGACAGAGCUACUCUGGCUCUAUCAUGCCAGAAGGCAAUCAUACGAGCAGGCGGCUACUAUCUUGUUUUCCUUAGCCAUUUCGGAGUUCCCCUUGAACCUCGAAAAGAGAAUCGAGUAUCUUUCUAGAGCAAACGGCUUUUGCAAUUGUACCUGUCCUCCAAGCAUAAGACAAAAGAUGAUUCAGCUCGCUGCCCUGAUUCAGGAGAUAUUUGAUGUUGCCAAUGUUCAAUUGGACCUUGUGAACACUAUAAAACAGGACAAGAGAAUAAAGGGCGAGAACAAAGACUCUGCGAUUACAGCUUUAAGUUGUAAAAUCCAAAACGCAAGCGAGCUAUUCAAUGGAUACGCCGACCCUCUCGGCUAUUACGAAAUCUGCUUUAAGAUUUUCUGCAUAUCUGACUACAAGAAUCCGGAUGAUAUUUUGAAACGAUGGGAAUUAUACUUUGAGAGUACCUUCCAUGAGUUUCUUGCAUCCAAGAAAAAGUCGCAGCCAUUAUACUCAAUUCUUAGUGAUUCAAUUUCUAACGUGGGCAGAAAGGUCUCUUGCAAUGAUUCUGUCUUCCCAGUUAGAAAGCUUAUGAAAUUGAUGUGUAAGUUCAUUUUCAAUGCAAUUGAGGAGAUUGGUCAGGAUCAAACACCUCCAGCGGGAGUCGUCGUCGAGACUUUCCUCAAGUCGGGAAUCAGUUUCGAGACUUUGUAUGCGGUCAUCAAAUCAUCCAUCACCCAAAAUUCCAACGAAUUAACUGAGCCUUAUCACUUAUUUAUCGAAAAGCUUCAGUCGAAAGAAAUGGUGUACUUGAUUCAGCAUUGGUAUAAAAACGAUCAAAACAUGAUGUCCAGCAUACCAAAAGAGUCAAUUUUGACCAUGACUGAGUACUCGGUCGAGAAAGAUCCUUUGGAACGUUGGGUUAAGACUCAAAACUCCUUUAUUUAG